AUGUUGAAAAGCGUUUUCCCAAGAAGAUCAAAAAAACGACCACUUGAACAUGUCACUAAUGAUAGUGGCAAUUUUUUAAACAAAGCAGAUGGAGAAGAUGAAGUGAUCAAUAAGUUUUGUUUUUGUCACGAUAAAAAGCUUAGUAAAGAAUCACUACGACUGGUUAUUUUGGCUGAAAGUGAACGGCGGCUGUUGUUCGAUAGCGAAACUGUUUUGCCGGUGAAUACGCCUGAUAUCCCGGCUAAAACACCACUUUCAAACUGUGGUCGGUUUCGGUUUCUAAGACAUCGUCCAGAUGUUCCCUGUAUUGGACAAAUGAUAUUUGGCUCGCUGUCCACAACAAAAAAUGAAUCUUUCAAAAUACAUUCUUUAAGUGGUAGUAAACAAGUUAUGGUAAGUCGCAUUAUUUCAGUCCCGAAAAUGGCAGGACAAUCAAACAGCUACAACAAAAUACCCGUUGGUAGUACUAGUAGUGCUGAUUCGGAAAGCACUUAUUCAACAGUUUGCUCACUGGAAGGAUUGCGCAGUCGACCACAUUACAGCUCACAAUUGACUGAUCCUCCUGAAGGUUUUAUCCGAGUGCGGGAUGCUUUCUUACAAUUGGACACCGAAGAAGGAAGUAUAAAGCCUUGCCGGUCUUUCUCACCUAGUCGUCUUUCCCGGUAUCGUCGUAUGCAACUUGCACAGCGGGGCAAUUUAUGUGAUGAAAAUAAUUCCGGUCGUUGGUGCAUGCGAAGUCGUUUGAGUAGUUGUAGUUCAAUAGCAGACGAAGAAUCGAGACAGAUCGCAAUUGGAGUUCUAUUUCGAGAAGAAGAGAAACAGUUUUUGCUUUGCCAUAUUCCUCUUAUUGAAAUUGAAAUCAUUAAACUGGAAGCUCAAAUUCUGAAAGCAACACUUUCUCGCACCCGUUUUUUGCAUUUAUUAUUUGAGGCGUGGUUAGAAUUUGUACAUAAUGUUUGUCUGUUGUACAAUUCAUACAGGUUUCGUUCUCCCGUUUGGUUGAGUUUAAUGAAUGAAAGGGAGUAUGCUUCAACAGCUAACAACUUCUGCACUAAUUUAGCUGCACUGAUUUGUGAAUAUGAUUUGAAAUCCACGCGAUACUUUCUAUCCACUUUAUUAUCUUGUGUUUUGAUGAACCAUCUUGCGUGGGUCGCCAGUGUUACUCCAUCGGAAGACUGUGAAGAUCUUCAUCGUUCGCUUCUGAUGGGAACGAGCGGAAGUUCAGAUUGUAUGCGUUAUCCCUACAAUGCGCAGUUAGCUCAGUAUAUGGAAAUAAGUGGCAGUGUGGGCGGUGCUACACGUUUAGCUCGAACAGUUAUCAUCGGAAAUGACAUGAAAUUAAUCACGCAUUUGCUUUAUGUCCUCACAUAUUUUGUUCGAUGUUCAGCAAUUCAGCCAAAUGGAAGUAAAGCUGACAAAUGGAAUUCACAUCCAGGAAUGAGGUCUUUCUCACCGACCAGUUGUAACGAAAAUAGUAAUAUUGAUUUUGGCAAGAAAUACUCGUUAAGAGAGGAAGCUAAAGAGCCAGAGUUCGUGGUUCUUCGGGAGACAGCAGAACCGGGUGUUAAUGCGAAACGUUCUGGAUGGUGUUUUCCGUUAACAUGUGACACUGAUGAUUCGACGAAUUCAAGUUUGGCUUGGUCCAUGUUGGCUGGUCCUUGUGAUUCUUAUUGCUCACACUUUGUUAUAUGCGGGUUACGCUUGGCUGCCAUUGACUUGGAAGAGACUUAUUGUUCAGUGAUGUGCCACAUAAAAAAUGGGGAAUCAGAACUGAUCAACACAUCAUUUCCCGAGUCGUCCUUUUCAUCAGCUGCUAAUUCUGCACCACUUAGUCCAACUGUUGUAGUACUUGCCGAUGCCACGAACUAUACUGUGAAGAUGAUAUCGGGAGAUGAUACAAAUGUCGGUGAAAGUCUAAUGACGGCACCAUGUGAUGCAGUAGUUACGAUGCUUGAGCAGUUCGGUGAUUUGUAUCGGCUUGGCGCAGCGCCAACAUUUUUGUUAUCAUUUAUUGAAGACUGCUUGAGUCAUAUCUUGACACGAUCAUUGUCACUGGUGGAACUAUUGGGUGGUACCACAGGAAACAAAGGCAGAACACAGGUUACACCGUCCACAGUCACGGCAGAACGUGUUGUGAGUGUUAUUGGCUGUGAUUAUUCCGAUUUACGUCUUAUUGUUAAUGUUGCUGCUGUAUACUACCCUUCCGUUUUACAAGCUAUUAUAUAA